GCCGCAUCUGCGCUGGCGGACAUGUGCGCCGCGGAGGUGGAACGUCGCGUAGCGCAGCGCUACCUGCUGAAGCGGCGGCUCGGCAGAGGGGCUUAUGGCAUCGUGUGGAAGGCAGUGGACAGGAGGACGGGUGAGGUCGUGGCCAUCAAGAAAAUCUCUGAUGCCUUUAGGGAUGAGACAGAUGCCCAGAGGACGUUCCGGGAGGUCGCGCUGCUCCAGGAAUUCCAGGGCCAUCCCAACAUCAUCCGCCUCCUUGACGUGAUCCCGGCAGAGAACGACAGGGACAUCUACCUGGUGUUCGAGCCCAUGGGUGGGCGAACCCUGCUCAGCUCCCCGCCAGCCCUGCCCGCCUGCCCCGGGGUGGACAUGUGGAGCCUGGGCUGCAUCCUGGGGGAGAUGCUGCGGGGCCGGCCCCUGUUCCCCGGCACCUCCACCAUCCACCAGCUGGAGCUCAUCCUGGAGACCGUCCCCCCGCCCUCCCAGGAGGACCUCCUGGCCCUGGGCGCCAGCUACAGCGCCCCGACGCUGCAGCACCUGGGCCCACGGCCGCGGCAGACCCUCGAUGCCCUCCUGCCCCCGGACACGCCCCCGGAGGCCCUGGACCUUCUCCAGCGCCUCCUGGUGUUCGCGCCCGGCAAGCGGCUGAGCGCGGCGCAGGCGCUCCGGCACCCCUAUGUGCGGAGGUUCCACUGCCCUGCGCGUGAGUGGUCGCUCCAAGCCCCGGUCCAGCUCCCGGUGCACGAGGCAGCCCGGCUCCCGGCCGCUGAGUAUCGCCACCGCCUCCACCAGAUGGUCCUGGCUCGCUGCAAGAAGGGCCUGGGGGCGCCCCCGCAGCCCCACCCGCAGGAGCGCCCGUGUGUGACCGACGACCCCCGCCCCGGGGGGGCGACCCGUGCAGCCGCCUGGCCCAGGCCCCACCCCGACCGCACAGAAGCCCCAACUGGGGCCAAG